AUGAAAUUGGUAAUUCUCUUCACUGUAGCGGCACUGGCCUGCGCCCAAGUUUACGCAGCGCCACAAAUUGUAGAGGAUACUGCCUUCUACAGACCCACCUACGGACAAAACGGUGGCGUUGACCCGGGAUACUACCAACCCGGAAACGGACAAGGUGCCAUUGACCCGGGAUUCUACCAACCCGGAAACGGUCAAGUUGUCGACCCCGGAUUCUACCGACCUGGCAACCCAAAUGACGCUAGUAUAGCAGAUAUUUCGCCUGCUUACGUCCAAGGCUCUGGCCCUAACCAAUAUGAGCCAAUCAGCAACGGACCUGAAUUCGUUGAAGACGGAAGGAAACACUACGACAACCCCAACCUCCGCAGUGGACACUACUAA